AUGUUAGGGUUUGUGUCGAGUGGUCGAGGACGUGCGAAUGGUGUGUUGUUGGGUGCACUAUUUAAGUCGGUGCGUGGGGGUGAGUGGCAGCGUGCCGAUCUGGAUGGUGCGGCAUGGUAUAGUGCGCGUAUAGUGCGUGAGAAGGAGCAUGUUGAUCAGUGGAGGACACUGGGCGACAGUUUUUGUUACCGCGACCCGGGAGAGUUGAAUCACAUAUCGUUGAUGUUUGCUGUGGACCCGUUGGUGGCAGAGGAUGAGUUGUGGACUAGUGCAGGAAUAGCUGCGCAUGGUCGUUUCUUUCAAUUGGUGAAUGCGCGCCCUUGCACACGCGUGUGCGGCUGCUCUCUGGACAUGACCGACGGCGCUGUGGGUGACUUGGUGGAAGACGUGGUGUUUGCGAGUUUGGAGUCGCAGAGUCUAAGACCGGAACAAAUCUUUGUGCCCGCUCUGGUCACGAUUGCGCGGGAGUUUCUUGCCCAACAUCUUCACAGCCCCCAAGUACGAGAAUGGCUGCGCAACUUCGAACGGAGACUCUGGAAAGACCGAUUGCGGCGAUGGCGCGCCGCGGCGCCGCAGCCAGAGCCGACGCCGGCCACGGGGACGGCCGUAUGGUACGAACUUGUCCUCACUCGAGGUCUGGCGGACAGUGUGCAAGGCAUGGUCCAAAGCCUGCGUAGCUUGAGCCAGGAUCGGGCUAUGACUGUGAUGCACCGCCUUCUGACAUUAACGAAGGACGAAAUUACCACCGAUCCGAUGAGGACUGUUAACGUGCCACUCGCACACUACGAAGAACUCGCCGAUGCACUGGACGAACUUUCUCGAGCACGCGACUGCAUUCACAAACAUCAACAUCAACUCCUUGACGAACUGUAUGUCGGUGAAGACACCGCCCGUCAGCGACUCAUCCUUCAACGACAAGCACUCAUAGAAACCGUCGAGGCUGCUAACCAACGCGCACUUCGAGCCAUUCGCAAUCAACCACCUGCACCGCUUUUCAGAGUGCGCCAAAUCGAGCAAAUAGACCCACGACAUAAUCUGGUCAUCCCAUCACCCGACGACUCUAUGCCAGCAAGACGCCAAUCAAUCUGA